AUGGGCGGUCGCUCAAAGGUCAGGUUCGUAGACCAUACAGCCAUGGAGGUUGCACAGCUCGGCGAGGCAAACAUUCCGAGUCAACCAAAACGUGGAAGUAGCAGCGAACAAGCUCCUCAGCGGCCGGAGGUGACGAUCGACGAAUUUUUUCUGAAGACCGAGACUAAACCCGUGCUUUACUACUUGCCACUGACCGACGAGCAGAUCAAGCAAAAGAAGGAGCGCCAGAGGCAACCAGAAGGGCAACCACGCAAACGUCGACACCGCGGUGGGCGCAAGAGAAACAGACGUGCCCGUUUCCAGCGGCGCUAG